CCUCCGCCGCCUCCCCCGACCCUCCCGCCGGGCGGAGGAGGGGGAGGGAGAGAGGGGGAGGAGGAGGAGGAGGCGGGUAGGGAGAGAAAAGGAGAGGAGAGAAGAAGAGACGAGAGACGCGCCGCAACUUGCUGCCUCUCCUCCCUCGGCUCCGUGGCCGCGCCGCUGCGGGCUGCGCUCCGCGGGAGGCGGCGGCAUCUAGGGACGCUCCGCUCCGCGGGGCCCGCGCCUCCCGCCCAGAAGCUUUUGCUUCCUCACUGGGAGAGCCUGUAUGAAAACCUGUGUGGAUGAUGUUAUAAGAAACAGAAGGUGCAUGCAGCACAGAUGUCAGUCUUCUUCAAGGAGUAACUUCUUCAACCCCAAGUGAUACCAGCUCCUGCUAGUACCAUGGGGCUGGAGGGUGUUUUUUUAGGCACUGGACAGAUCCACGUAAUCCUGUGGGGAAGUUUGGCAGCCAUGACAACACUCUUGUUCCUCACCUUCCUCAUCUUCCUUUGCUCCAGCUGCAAUGGGGAAAAGAAGGCCAAAAAUCAGAAUGGAGAUCAUGAAAAUCUGAUGAAUGUGCCUUCCGAGAAGGAGGUGUUCAGCCAUUCCAUCACCAGUUCUGUAACGGAGCCUCCCCCAAACAGCGAGCAGAACGGAGCCCUGAGCAACGGAGAGGUUCUUUCUGAGGACAGUACAGCUGCCUGUAUCCAGCCUUAUGAAGAAGUACAGACAUCUGAUCUACUAGAUCAACAGGAUAGUCUUGGAAAGUCUAUAAAAUGUCACCAGAGCCGGGAGCUACCCAGUAUUCCCCCUAACAACCCCAUGGAAACUAUAAUCUCAUCUAGAAAUGCAGAAAAUGAUCAAGGUCUUGGAAUGGAAGGGCCUUAUGAAGUCUUGAAGGACAGCUCCUCUCAGGAGAACAUAGUUGAAGACUGCUUGUAUGAAACUGUGAAGGAAAUUAAAGAUGUUGGAGCAGUAGUCAGCAUGGAAGGGAACUCUAGCAGCAAAUCAAAGGCUUCACUGACAGUUUCUGAAGGUCAGAAUCAGAUUCCUGAGUGCAGAAUUGAGUCAGCAGAAUAUGCAUCUGUUGACCGAAAUAAGAAGAGUCGCCAAAGUGCAAAUUCAGAAAGUCCUCUUGACAGCAUUCCAGAUGUAGAGGAUGAGCUUCCCCCUCCAGUACCCAUGAAACUUCUUGAUGAAAAUGAAAAUGUGCAAGAAAAAGAAGUGGAAGAAGAAGUGACAGAAGGAGCGAGUAAACCAGAAAAGAGGCUUAGUUCAGUGUCUUACAAGUCUCGAGAGGAAGAUCCAUCUCUAACAGAAGAUGAGAUCUCAGCCAUGUACUCAUCGGUGAGUAAGCCGGGACAGGCCAUCAAGGCACUGGAUUCUCCUUACACCUGCAUUCAAGAAAUUGCAUCUCAGAGGUCCCCGUCCGUUUGCAGUGGCCUCUAUGCGAGUGUGAAGGACUUUGAAAACGCCCUCAAUUCCACCACAGUGCCUCAGCCAGCGGACAGAGCAAACGGGGAGCUGGAGCCGGACUAUGAAGCUAUCCAGGCAGUGAGCCAGGAGGAGGACAGGACCUUGGUGGUGCCCAGCACAAACCACACUGCUCUGUCAGGAGAGAGCGACUACGAGAGCAUAGGGGACUUGCAGCACCACAGGGAAUUCACCAGACUUUAACCACUCCUGCAGCAGAUUUCCACGCCGUUAUUUUCAAAGGACAAUGAAACAUGGAGAGGGAAGUGCUUUUCCUGUGGAACACAAGUUCUGAAGAAGCAAUGUACAUUUCAGCCAGGGUGUGAUACCUGCUGGUUUUUCUGAGUGGUGGAUCAAGGCUCAUGGGAAAGGGUACAUCAGGUCAGAAAGAUGACCAGGAAAAUGUAAAGGUUUCUUUAUUGCUAUUAGCUCCAAGGCAAACGUAAUUUGGGAAGGAGUGCCAUGCUUGUUGUCCUGAUAGGAGUACAUACCAAAAAGACUACCUUUACACAAAACUAGCUUCUCAUUUUAAGAGAUUAUUUUAUGUAAUUUUCUUCAAAGUGUUUUUCAAGCAUAAUUUUUCAUUCAAGUUUUGGCAUCUGCAAUGUUGAGCAAACCACGGAUAAUUGUACCUCAACUCAGACUUACUCUGCGGGGCUGGGGAAGAUUCACUCACUUCUGUGAAGAUUCACUCACUUCUGUGUCUUUUGGGGAGCUCUGGCCACCUUCACUGCAACUAAAGUGCAAACAACAGUAGUUCACAAGGGACUGACUCCAAAUGUACUUGAAUUAAUUCUGCUGGCUUUUUCUUUUUUCUUUUUUUUUUUUUUUUAUGUCAAGGGCUGUAGAAUGUGAUUUUCAGUAUUUGAGAUGUGUACUGGUAUUUGUAGGGGUUUUGAUUGAUUAUUUGUGAAAUAUCCCUUUAAAAUGGCAGCGGUCACCCUUAGCAUUCUUGCACUGUUUCCCUCAAAUGGACAUAAAGAUGUACACACACACCCCAGACCAUUGUCAUGUUGCAAAAAUUGUGCAAUUGAAUGCAUUGGCAUAAUGUGUAAUUUAACCUUAGUAGUGUUGAGGAAUUUUUUUGCAGAAUUUUGCCCUUUUUAAAGACUUAACUAUUUUAAUGUUUGUCUAGUUUCUUGUAUAGGAAAAAUUCUGUACUGUGUUCAGUGGGUAAUACAUUUUUUUUACAACAUAUUUUUCAUCUUCAAAGUUUUUAUAGAUUAACUUACUAGGAUUUGUAACAGGAGAAAUCCCAUUCUUUAUUUGGGCUUGAUUUUUGGUUGGUUUUUUUCGUAUUUCAAAAGUAGAUAAAUGAAAAUUGCUUUGGGGUUGUUUUGUUGACUUUUUCUGUCUCCUUGAGCAGGGAAAUGGAACAUGCCUUGCUGUUUUUAAGCUAAAAUUAUGGAGUCUAUGUAAAAGAACACUGCCAAAGGGCAAAAAAGAGACAAAAGAGACAGUGGGAUUUAGUCAGGCAUAGCCACUGGUCCUCCUUGUUCUUCUGCUAAAAGGAGCAGGAGGGCAACCAAGACCUACUUGGGCCUCUAAAAAACAGUUUGAAACUCACUGGCUUUUCAAAAAUGCUGAAUUAUUCUGUUACUGUGAAAAAUGAAGUACAGUGCUUGGAUGAAAUAAGCAGGUACUGGAUUGGUACCUUUUUUCUUCAAGAAUAAUACAAUAAAUAGUACAAUGGUACAAGAAUAGUCCAAGGGUAAAGAACUAGCAUUGCGUGACAUGCAUGUGCACAUAUCCCCAUGUAUAUAAGCAUACACUUGUAAUUUGGACACAAGUAUAAGUUAUAGUCCAAGCUGGCAACAUUCACAUACGUAAUAUCUGGCAUGUGCUUGAAGAGCAGUUUAUUUUUAAUUCAAAAUAAACAGUACAUAAACUGAGGUUGGCUUAUUCUGUAGUAAACAAAACAGGUUUAUUUUCAGCUCAAUUGGUACUGGGUUUUGAAGGUUGAACCCUUCCCGGAUCCUUGGUCAGUUCUCAACAUGACUUAGUACUAUAAAGAGCAAGCAUAGAUCUGGUUACACACAUUUAUUAGAAAGAGCUUCAUAACUGAAAGAAGUGUGCUGAUUUACAGGCUUUGCCUGCAAGUUUGCUCUGAGGAGCAGUGCAGUUGUGCAGUCAGCCUCUGCCCACGGGGUGGUUCAAACUUUGUGGAUCCUGACCUUGUGUGACAGUGCAGCACACUCUGAUCUAUGACUCUUCCUUGAAGGAGCAGUUCAGACCACUCCACAUCCAUCCUGUUCUUGACCAUGCUGCCAUGUUUUGACAGCUGCAGCAAACCCUUUGCUUCCACUUCAGUGCUUUUUAAGGAUGACUGUGGUUCUGCUUUCUGGAGGUUUUCCCUUUAUAAAAGUUUUUGUUGCUGUUUCCUUGAAUGUGAAUUCAUGAAGUUCACCUUUGAAUGUUCUCUCCUUCUACUUCACACUGUUUAAGGCCAAAGAUAAGAUGCGCCAUUUUUCAAAAUAUUUGUCAUGCUAAGUCUGAAGAAUUUCUUUAGUCUUAAACUAUGUGUUAGCUGUCUGUUCCUUGCUCAGGGGUACCAGUUUAUAUAUGUAGUCCUCAGUCUGACCCCUGCAGUUUAGAACUCAACUCCUGAUAUUCCCAAAUGCAUCUUAAGGUGUAGUUAUCCUUCUACAUGGAUGAGUGCUUUGGAGAAACAGUAGGAACAUGAGGUUUGCCAGGUUCACUAGAUUCAAUUUCAAGACCAAUUCAGUGAUAUCUUGAGAUAAUGUCAGUUGAUAGCAAAGAAUAGUGCUGAAUUAUUGAUUGUAAAAUUUUAAGGUGCAAAAGAAGAAAAGCAAACAUCACUCUAGAAAUACCCCCAUUGAGACCAGCAGGUCAAAAGGUGGUGGAGGACUGUCCAGUCAUUCUGUUGUCUUUCACAGCCAGAUCAGAUAUGUUGCUUUGCAGGAAGGGACACGAGUCCUUCUGUCCUUUCUUUCCUCUGUUCUGACAACUGCUCCUGAGACCCCCUAGGCUUCCCUUUUACACAGUGAAAGAAAAAUUUUCCUCCCCCUCUCGUCUUUCUUUGGUUUCUGUUUUUAACCUGUCUCCUACAGCCUUGCACUGGGAGCUGGUACCAUGUCUGCAGUGCUGUGGCAGUGGCACAUUCCUUCCUCUUUCAAUUACUUUCAGACUGGUCACAACCUUUUAAUGGUUCAUCAGACCCCAGUCUCAUGGAGAAGGAAUUCACAUUUUGGAUUGCUGCUUUUGGCACGUGUACCUGCCCUCAGCCUUGAGACCCACACACACUAGACUUAAAAGCUGCAAAAAAUAAUUACCCUCCUGAACAAGGAUGUAUGGGGGAGUCCAUAACUCCCCUGCAAUCAGAAUUAUGUAGUUUAAUGCUAAAUGAAAAUGUUUUAGAAUUCAGAUCAAGGUUGGUAAGUGAGUAUUUACAUUUGUUGACAAUGAAUCAAUGUUCUGGUUUAGUUCUCUCUCCCAGAAGUAAUACCUGUUCCUUUAUGGCUGCUGUCAAUGCUUCCUUUUCAUUAAUAUAUUUGACAGAAAGAUUUUUCCAGUAGUAAUCCCCAAAGAGAUUCAUCUGACUGUAAAGAAAAGGGAGUUUCUUCUACCUGUCUCUUUCCUGCUCUUUUUAAUUCUUUCAUCAUAUCCCUAAAUAAAAUUUCAACAUCCAAAAUGAA